AGUUAUUGUUAAUGUUGCUCGAAAAUCAUUCCUUUGUCUGCACAAGACAGGGCAUAUAAGGUUGUGGCUGAAUGUCACUCAUCCUAACUCCCGCCUUGUCCCACCCUCUGUAAAGUAUAAAAGGCUCCCUGGAUCAUUGAUAGUGACACAGCUGUUUCAUUCUUUAACACACACACACACACACAGGAGAUUAUUUGGGAAUUCCUAUUUCUCUAGACCAUCCAAUCAGUGUUGAAGUCAGGAGUACAGAUCUUAAUUCUUGCUCAGGAGCAAACCUUCUCAGGUUAAAGUCAAAAUGAAGACGGUCUUCUUCAGGAGUAUUCUGAUUUGGUGUUUACUGGUUGCUUUUGUGCCUUGUGCAACAUUUCCUUCUAAUUCUGACAGAGAAAAGAAAAUGAAUGUGGCACUGCAGGAGAGGGAUCUCGGUGUGCCUAAGAGGAGUAUACAAGAUUCAGUUGAACUCCUCGCUCAGCAAGAGAACAGGAAUAUGGGGACACCUUUAUCACAGAGCAGCGAUCAUCUGAGCGGAAGGGGGAAAAGAGGCUGUAACCUCCUUACCUGCUCAGUACAUGAUCUGGCCUACCGCAUCAGCCAGCUCAGUAAUAAGAUGAAUAAUGCCCCCCUACAUAAGAUCAGUCCCUGUGGCUACGGCCGGAGACGGAGGCGUUCCCUUCUUCAACGCUCCACUGCUCCAACCCAUGGGGAUUGCCAUCUGAGACAUGACUCACCUCAAAAACUGACUUAGCCUUUAGGCUUUUUCUUAUAUUGCCUCCGUUUGCUGAAAAAUCUGCUGAAUUUUAUGGAGCUCUCUGCAAGAACAAAAAUGGGGAACAGCUCCUACCAUGUCCCAGCAACCGAAACUUCCAUCUCCAUAUUUUUAUAAGACAGACUAAAGACAAGGACUCAGGUCAUCUGGAGAGAAUGGGUGUUUGGGUAAAAUGGGCCAGGCAGUUCUGUCUUGUAAGAAAGAGAAACAGGGGUUCAAUCGAGAUAACAAGGGUGUUGGUUUAAGAUAAAAGAUAUGAAAUAUGCUUGAGCAGUUCUCCAUUAAUUUAAGAUAUUUUUCAUUCCUACAUAGCUCUGGGAUCAGGCAAGGCUCUUGCCUCUCCCCCAGCGCAGGGCAUAUCACGUCUACAUACCUCUGGAAAAGCAAUGGGUUUAUCCAGGACUCUACUAGUACCUGUGUUUUCUGGCAAGAGGAAAGAGGACAGAGAAACUUAAAUACUGGCUAAAAACAUUCAUCAACUGAAAUAAGAUGAUGCAUUGUCCUUAUUAUAGGGUGCAUGAGACCAGUAUAUAGGUUACGCUUAAUUUCACAAUGCCAUUAUUUACCGCGACCUAAUACAUCAUAAUUUAAUGUUUAUUCAAAAUAUCCUCUCCUGUAUAGAAAAAAAGCUACUAAUAUACCCUUUCUGAAGAUAAAUAUUAACUGGCAUUAAGAAGAGGCAUAAGAGUCAGGACUUGAUUGAAUGAUGAGGGCCCUCUGAUUGGUCAGAAUUUUUACUAGACCCAAACUAAUUUGAUUUAUACACAUUAAAAGUAUAAAUAAUUAAUGAGCCAGACUAAUUCUGGCUCUUUUCAGUGAGUCAGAUCAUUUGGCUCAGCUCACCAGUAGGAGCCAACUCUUUUGACUCCCAAACGACUCCAUUCCAUUUUUACCUAAAAUGGAUAAAAUGACUCUUUCUUAGCCUGAAAAUCUUCCAAGAAAUCUUAAUCUGCCUUCUAAAAUAAACCUACUUCACAGUCCAUGUACUGGUUGGCCAUUUUAUAUUCGUGUCAGCAACAGAAAUGUAAAAAUACAACAGAAAUAAUUAUUUGAUUGUUGUUUCAAAAUCUAGGUAUGAGAAACGGAAAAAAACAAGUCAUCGUUUUCAUUUUUAUUAUCAGAAAUUGCAGACACAAACUUUAAGAGACUUGUAUUUCUUUUGCUUCUUUGUCAAUAAAAAAAGAACUUGUAAGCAAAGUAAGAGAAAAAGGGGUCUGUUUUUCUGAAACCUGUAGUUGUCAAUGAUAAGGCUGUAAAUCAUUAGGUCAAGGCCCGCUGAUAAGCCUAGAUGUGUCCCAAAAGUCUCCAUUCAUAGGGGAAAUUAACACUUUUUAGCAAAAUGUCCUCCAAAAUUUUUCAUACUUAAUUUAUAUUAUGUAUAUUUUUACAGAUAGCCUUUAAGAAUGGCUUUGAUAAGCAAGUAUGUAUUGAAAUCAUUCUCAUGGCUGGAUUGGGAAGCCAUCAUUAGGUUGCAAUGGACUUGAAACAUGGCAAGCACAUCACACACGACGCUGUUGCCAAACUUAUCAACAAAUUCAUAAAAAAGACUGGAAGUGUCGCAGACCAACCAAGAAGUGGACGUCCACGAACAUCCCCUAUGUAUGGAGACUUUUGGGACACCUUGUAGUUUAAGGCAGACAGCAGCAGCACAGUGUCCAACACGCUUUCAUGUUAAUCAAAGUGGCCUUUACACCAGACGAAGGCCUUGCGAAUAGUGGCUAUUUGAAAUAAAAAGAAGCUCAUUUUUGCAUGGCACAGUCAUGGUUUCAAGCUAGAAAAACAACAAAAUACAUGAUUUAUGCUAUAUUUUGCAGUGUGUCCAUAAUGUAAAGAGCACAUGGGCAAUAUUUCAGCCUACUGUAACAACAUUCACUUUGGAGUCAGUUAAAAUCCAAAUUUUGUGAAGGAGUGUAAAUCUCAUUAGACUGAUGAACUUUAUGUGAUCAUAUACAUGAUGUGUAAUGCAUGUUUAUAAUAAUCUGAUGGUCAUUACAGAUAACUGAAUGUUAUACUUAUACUUACUAAACCAGUUCAAGA